AUGGACGAUAGAGGUGUGCCAAGUAAACCUUGCGCCGUACAAGUGACCAAUGCUGACCGAACGUCUUUGGCUAUCUCUUGGAAUCCACCGAUAAAAGACGGCGGAUCGCCAGUAACAGGAUACAUCGUUGAGAAACAAACCGCUUGGACACAGGUCGCCAAGGUCCCCGCAGAUGAGCUCUCCUGUGUUGCUGACAACCUCAUUGAAGGUACAGAGUAUGGAUUCCGAAUCACUGCCGUCAACAAAUUCGGCAAGGGCAAAGCUUUGGAAUCCGACCAGACAUGCAUGGUUAAGAGCCCAAAUAAAUCACCCCAACCAAGAGACACCCCGGAAACAACAGAAAGAGAUACCAGUGAUAUCAAAGAACCACUACAAACAACAGUCAGUCGGGAAACAGAAAGAGAUAUCAGUGAUAUGAAAGAUUGUAUAGCGUUUGCAAGAAAGUGA